AUGUUUAAGAGAACAGUUGCUGCUUUUGCCCAGAAUGUUGGGAAGACUAUUCCCCCGGUCAAGCUUGGCUAUAAGAACAUGCUAAAAGAUCCUUCGAAGAAGUACAAGCCUUUUGCUGCUGUAAACAUCCCUCACAGACAGUGGCCUGACAACAGGAUCACUAAAGCGCCUCGUUGGCUAUCUACAGACUUGAGAGAUGGUAAUCAAUCUCUCCCGGAUCCCAUGUCGGUCGAGCAAAAAAAAGAGUACUUCCACAAACUGAUCGAGAUUGGAUUCAAAGAAAUCGAAGUUUCUUUUCCAUCUGCCUCUCAAACGGAUUUUGAUUUCACCAGAUAUGCCGUUGAGAACGCCCCAGAAGACGUUUCUAUUCAAUGUCUUGUCCAAUCUCGUGAGCAUUUAAUAAAACGUACCGUGGAGGCCCUUUCUGGUGCCAAGCGCGCCACAGUGCACACGUAUCUAGCCACCAGUGACAUGUUCCGUGACAUUGUUUUCAACAUGUCCAAGGAGGAGGCUAUCAAAAAGGCUGUUGAAGCUACCCGUCUGGUAAGAAAGCUCACUAAGGAUGACCCAUCCCAGUCUGCCACACUCUGGACCUACCAAUUCUCUCCAGAAACUUUCAGUGAUACUCCUGUUGAAUUUGCCGUUGAAAUCUGUGAAGCAGUUAAAGCUGCCUGGGAACCAACAGAAGAAAACCCAAUUAUUUUCAACUUGCCAGCCACUGUUGAAAUGUCCACUCCAAACAAUUACGCUGAUCAGAUCGAAUACUUCAGCACUCAUAUAACUGAACGUGAAAAAGUUUGCAUUUCUACACAUGCUCACAAUGACCGUGGCUGUGGUGUUGCUGCUUCUGAACUAGGUUUGCUUGCGGGUGCUGAUCGUGUAGAAGGUUGUCUUUUCGGUAACGGUGAACGUACAGGUAACGUUGACCUUGUAACUGUUGCAUUGAACAUGUACACCCAAGGUGUAUCUCCAAACCUAGAUUUCUCUGACAUUAACUCCGUUGUUGAAGUUGUUGAACGUUGUAAUAAAAUCCCUGUGUCCCCAAGAGCUCCUUAUGGUGGUGAUUUGGUCGUCUGUGCUUUCUCUGGUUCCCACCAAGAUGCUAUCAAGAAGGGUUUCGCUCUACAAGAAAAGAGACGUGCUCAAGGUGAAGAGGAAUGGAGAAUUCCAUACCUACCUUUGGAUCCAAAGGACGUUGGAAGAGACUACGAAGCUGUUAUCAGAGUCAACUCUCAAUCUGGUAAGGGUGGUGCCGCUUGGAUCAUCUUGAGAUCUUUGGGAUUGGACUUGCCAAGAAACCUUCAAAUGGAAUUCUCUGGUGUUGUUCAAGACAAGGCUGACUCUCUAGGAAGAGAACUCAAGAGUCAAGAAAUUACCGAACUCUUCAAGGAGACUUACAAUUACAACGAUAACAUCCGUAGCAUUUCUUUGAUUGACAGCAACGUUGUUAAAGAAGACAAGGAGCGUAGAACCUUGACUGGUCAGGUCGAAAUCAACGGUCAAGUCUACGACAUUCAAGGUUCCGGUAAUGGUCCAUUGUCCGCCCUAGUUGAUGCCAUGUCAAACCUCUUGAAUGUUCGUCUCGGAAUUGCUAACUACACUGAGCAUGCUCUAGGAUCUGGAUCUGCUACUCAAGCUGCAUCGUUCAUUCACUUGGCUUACAGACGCGACUCUGACAAUGAAAAAGUUUACAGAUGGGGUGUUGGUGUCUCUGAAGAUGUUGGUGAUGCAACAACUAGAGCUGUGUUCUCGGCAAUUAACACCAUUAUCCAAUCUGGAGAUGUUUCCCUACCAGAAAAGUCUACUAAGGCUAGCGGCUCCGCUUAA